AUGGCAUCUAAUGUCAACAAUGGCUCUGGCCAAGUCGAAAGACGUGUGACUCGUAGUGGUCGAGCACCAACCGUUCGAACUCAAAGUGAGAAUCGAAGGAACCGCAAUAGCCAAGUGGCUGCGGUCGCAGUCGCAGUCGCAGAUGAGAAUGAAGAUGAAGAUGAAACUCCUGCACCACGAGGUCGCGGAUCUAGAAACCUUCCUAGGUCACAACGUGAUACUAGGGAUGCUUUUACUAGAAUGAUUGCGCCAAAACUUCAAAUUGAUCGAUGUAAAGUCGAAUUGGAAUCUGCUGGACAAGAAUUGCUGAAUGAGAUUAGAGAUCUCAAGUCCGAAGAAGGCCUUGACGUUGGACUCGAGAUUAAAAGGCGUGAACAACUUCUUAAGAAUGGACAUAAAAUCUUGGAAGCAUCUCGAAAAGCUAUUGCUUGGAUUGAUGCCCGAAUUAAAGCCUAUGAUUCGAUGACGGAAAAAUGUGCAGAGAAGAUAAAGAAGUAUCAACAAUUGCUUUCCACUCUAUCUGUUGAUGUUCAAAUUAUGUUGGAACGUUUACUGGUUGAGAGACAAGGUCAAGUUAUCGAAUUGACACGUAAGAACGAAGAAUUGUUAAAACAAGUUGGAGUGCUUACUGGUAAGAUUACGGAUCUUACUCAAAAUUCAUCUACCACCAGCAUUGAAUGUGAUGAAUUAAAGGAAUUUCUCCAAGACAAUCUCAGUGCUUUGAAAACCCAAAACAAGGAGAAUAUCGAAACGGAAGCAAUUGCGAAUUAUCGGAAACAAUACGAACAAUUAUCGUGUCGAAAUGAAGAAAUUUCUAAGCAGAAAGGUAGGGUAGAUGGAGAAUUGAUGCAAUCUCGGGAGGAAUCUACUAGAUUCCGAGAGGAGAAGGAUAGAUUAUUUCGUGAGAAUGAGGAAUUAAAGAAUGAUAUCACACAGCAGAAAUUGGAUUAUCAUAAUCUCUCCAAGGAUAAGGAACAAGUUGAUAGUUCACUUGUUACCAAAUCGGCUCGAAUUACAGAGUUGGAAGCAUUAAUCAAAGAGGGGCAACAAAGUUUGCAACAAGAAAUCUUGAAAUCUUCAAUUUCAAAGGUAAGAGUUGAACAAUUGGAAAAGGAAGAUACGCAACGUCAAGAAGCAUUGCGAAAAGCAGAGGUUGGUUCGAUUACUAUGGAUUAUGAAUUGAAUGCAUCCAAGGUUCAAUUGAAAGAGACCAAUGAGGAGUUGAUGAAUGUGAAAUCCAUUGCAGAGCAAGUGCCUGGUUUGAAAGCUCGAAUUGAGGACUUAACCAAAGCCCUCGAGGACUCAAGUGAGGAUCAAAAAUUGAAAAAAACGCUAUGGGAUAUGGAUGUUGAAGAAUUAGAGAAAGAAUUGAAGAGUGUCAAAGCAGAUAAUAGAAGUCUAAAUGCUGAUGUUCUGGAGAGAGAUUCGAAGAUUACAUUAUUAGAGUCCGAAUUAAGUAAUUUGGAGAGUAUUCGGAAGAGUAAUGAAGCACUUUUGAAGCAAUAUUCGGAUUCAAUCAUUACCAAAGAUUUACAUAUUGAAAAUAUGAUAUCUAGAAUCAAGAAUUCGGAUGAUGUUGAUCGCUUGACAUUGGAAUAUGAUCAAAAGAUUAAAAAGUUAUCUGCUGAUUUGGAACAAAGUAAAAAAGCUUUAUAUAAUUCCAGAAAGAUUCGGGAACAGGAUAGAGGAGGCAAUGCAAUUGCUCGAGAAAAGGCACAACUUGCUAGGCAAAAGAUGAUGGCAGAACAUAUUCAAGCUAUGGCGGAGAAAGAUUACCAAUUAGUGGAGUGUCGUAAAGAAUUCAAGGACAAGGUUUCGAGCUUGGAAAAUAUGGUUUCACAACAGUCUCGUGAGAUUUCGGAACGAGAAAGUUAUCAAACACGUCUGAAAUUAGAGAUUCAAAGAUUGAAUGAUCUGGUUGAAGUCACCCAACAUGAACUUCGAGCCGCUUUGGAUUCCAAUUCGGAAUAUGAGAGACAGCUAAUGAGGCUCAGGGUACGAUUUCCGAGAGUUCUAUGUGUAGUACUUAUCAUUGAGGUAGAAUCGCACAACUUGAGAAACGAGUGA